UCAUUAAUGCCUAAAUGGCCAAAGUCUUGUUCAAAGUUUUUUAAUGUCCAAGUAUCUCUUAACAACAUAAGCAUAUUCACUCUCAAAAUCAUAGCAAAUUCAUAGCGAUCCAGUUCAGAUUCUUUUGCAGAGAAUGGGAAAACCACAGCAAGAAAUGGAAGCAUCAAAUGAUUCUGGAAAUCCAACGUUAAAAACAAAACAUUCUUGUUGUACCAAUGUAAAGUGUUUUUCAGCUGUCUUAUCCUUCACCUUCUUUGCGACGACAUUAGCUGGAAGCUACAUGAAGAGUUCGAUCACACAGAUAGAGAGACGCUUUGGAGUUCCGAGUUCUUUCAUUGGUUUAAUCGAUGGAAGCUUUGAAAUAGGUAAUUUGUUGGUGGUUACAGCUGUGAGUUAUUUUGGAGCAAAACAUCAUAGACCCCAAAUAAUUGGAGCUGGAUUACUCAUAGUGAGUCUUGGCUUAUUUAUAAUAGCUUUGACUCAUUUCAUUAUGGGACGCUAUGAUUACAAAACCAGCAUCAAAUCUUCCUACAACUCUACAACAGAAGUGUCGUUGUGCUCUCCAGACCCUAUAUUAAGCUCAGAAUUUCCAGACACAUCUUCCUUGGCACCUGAUGCAGGUUGUGAAAAAGCAGUUGGAUCCUUCAUGUAGAUACUCGUGUUACUUGGAAAUCUUUUACGUGGAGUUGGUGAGGCACCAAUACCUUUGGGAAUCUCUUAUAUGGACGAUCAUUCCAAAGAGGAAAAUUUGGCAUUUUACCCGGGUUGUACUUUCACAGUAGCACUAAUUGGACCAAUUUUUGGCUUUUUGCUGGGAUCAUUCUGUGCUAAACGUUUUGUGGAUAUUGGAUUUGUUAACCAAUACGGGCUAACAAUUACCCCAAAUGAUGCACGAUGGGUCGGUGCCUGGUGGCUGGGAUUUUUAAUAGCCGGAGUGCUAAUUAUUAUUGCUGCAAUACCAUUGUUCUUCUUUCCGAAAUCUAUGCCUUCAAAAGGAGAGAGAAAGAAAAUAGAGAAGUCAAUUCCACAGACAACAGAAGUGACCCAAAGUGGGUCUAACCAACAAUCCACCAUUUCAGAAAUGGCAAAAGGUUUCAUGCCAUCUUUGAAACAAUUGUUUUACUCCCCAAUCUUUACGUUAUUUGGGGUAUACUCUAUUCUGGAUGCCAAUGCUUGGAUUGGCCUAUUUACUUUCAACCCCAAAUUUAUUGAACAGCAAUAUGGGCAAAGUACAUCGAGAGUCAAUUAUCUAAUAGGUCAGUACUUUCUUGUGUUUGUAACUAUGAAGAUGAAACUGGACUCCUACAAUGAGCAUAAUCUCGUCUCUGUUUGUAACUCUGACUGCACAUGCUCCAAAACACAGUGGGAACCUGUUUGUGCAGUCAAUGGGCUCACAUAUAUUUCUCCUUGUCUUGCUGGUUGCAAAACAACAACCGGACAGGGUGAAUUUCACAAUUGCAGCUGUGUUCUUGGUUCAACAUCUGACAACUCAUCAGUGAUUUUAGGGCAAUGCCAAAAAGGCGAUGGUUGCGAGAAAACAUGUGUCUACUUCUUGAUAGUAACAGGACUAUCGUCCUUCUUUUAUUCAUUUGGUAUCACACCCAGUUUUGCGAUGCUCCUCAGGUCAGUUAAACAAGACCUGAAAUCAUUUACAAUAGGUAUAUUAAUGCUGUUGAUAAGAAUAUUUGGUGGGAUCCCUGUUCCAAUUCACUUUGGUGCCAUGACGUGUUUGAAGUGGGGAUCCGAGGAGUGUGGUGUACCAGGAGCGUGCAGGAUUUACGACAAUGAUAGGUUCAGGUUGGUCUUCCAUGGAACAGUAGUAGCACUUCAAGGCUUCAGUUUUUUCUUCUUAGUUCCCAUAUUCUGGCAAUUGAAUAAACAUUUCCCAUCGGAAAAAGAAAAAGUUGUGGACAAUGAAGGCUCGGAAACGACAGUUAUGAAUCAGGACGGUGCUCCCAUCGAUUGUGACCCUUUGGUGAAAAAAAUGUCUCUCGGCAAGCGCACUGACGUCAAACUUUCGAGAGGUGGGUGUUAGGCUUAUAAGAACGCAGCUUCUUUCCCAGCGAUGGGAAACGAGGGAAGAGGAGGGAAAUUCAGUCCCGCUCCGGACAGAGCAAGUGAAGUGAAGUGAAGAGAGAGAGAGAGAGAGAGAGGAGCUGUGUUUAAUCGCUACCGUCACUGCGAGACUUCUCAGCUGCCCUGGGGAAUACAGCGCAGAGAGCCUGCCUGCCUACACUGCAAGUAAGUGUGUCUGUCUUCAAAUUUCAUUGGUUUAUUUCCCCCCCAAAAAAUCCAGAUUCCCUCGUG